CAACUCCGAAAUAAUUGUUUAUAGACAGUCUGGCCGGUCCUAGUUUGCCUCGUAUAUCGCGCGCUAGUUCACACGGAUGUUUGUCCCUGAAAAUUCAUUUUUUAUCCGCGUCGGCAAAACAGAACCGAUCUGAUUAGCACUUAACACUUUUUUGCUCCACCUAUUGUACCACCUUUCGCCAUGUCUGCCUUACCCGCUGAUAUCAAUGCGAUGCUCAUGACACUCAUGGCCGGACUCUCUUCUGUGGACAACACCACGAGAGCCGCCGCCGAGAAGUCGCUCACUUCCGAGUGGACCAAGAAGGCCCGCGUGGAGAUGCUCUUGAUAUUCCUCGCGGAGCAGGCCGCACAGGGCGAAACUGAGGCCGCGCGCGCGUUUGCUGCGGUGCUUUUCCGCCGUAUCGCCAUCAAAAGCCCAGAGGAGACUACCUCGGUCACCGAUCGCAACCUUGGCUAUACCUCCGACGCCGUCAAGGCGCAGCUCCGCGCGACGUUACUCGCGGGCUUCUCCGCGCCGCAGACCAACGGCAUUCGCCACAAGCUCGCGGACGCGAUCUCUGAGCUUGCGAAGGAAGACCUCCCGGCGUCCGAGUCGUGGCCGGAGCUCCUCCCAGCGCUCUUUGCGGCGACGCAAGGCGCGGAUGCGAGUUUCCGUGAGUCUGCGUUUCGUAUUCUCGCGGCCGCGCCCGAGCUCAUCGAUUCGAGCUUCGUCGAGCUGGUACUUCCGGUGUUCACCGCGGGUUUUGACGAUGCGAACGACGACGUGCGCAUUGCCGCGUGCACUGCGUUCGUCGCGUUCUUUCAGAACCUCCCAAAGAAAGCGUGGCCAGCCCUUUCCCCGCUCUUGCCUAACUUGUUGAAUUCUCUUCCAAAGUUCCUCCAGAGUGGCGAGGAGAAUGCGCUUGCAUCCGUACUUGAGUCCCUCAUCGAGCUUGUCGAGCUCGCGCCAAAGAUGUUCCAACCUCUCUUCUCGUCCAUCAUCGAGUUCUGUGGCAUGGUGUCCAAGAACAAGGAGCUCGACGCGGCUGCACGUAUGGCAGCCUUGGAGCUCCUCACCACGUUUUCCGAAACUUCCCCGAAAAUGUGUCAAAAGGAGCCGUCUUACACCGCUUCGAUGGUGGUCCAGUGUCUCAGCUUGAUGACUGAGGUGUGCAUUGAUGACGACGAAGCUGCGGACUGGGCCGCGGCAGAUGACGCAGACGAUGAUGACGAGCCAGAAUACGAUGCUGCACGCCAGGCAUUGGACCGUGUCGCACUCCGUCUUGGUGGUGCGUGUCUUGCGGGACCGUUGUUCCAGUAUCUCCCGCAGAUGCUUCAGUCUGCUGAAUGGCGCGAACGCCAGGCCGCACUCAUGGCUCUCUCCGCGGCUGCGGAGGGCUGCUGCGAUGUGCUCAUCACCGAGAUCCCAAAGAUCCUCGACAUGAUCCUUCCAUCCUUGAACGACGCCCAUCCGCGCGUCCAGUACGCAUGCUGCAACGCGCUUGGGCAGAUCUCCACCGACUUCUCCGACGUGAUCCAGAAGACCGCGGGCGACCGCAUCAUUCCGGCACUCGUCUCCAAGCUCACGGGCGCGUCUAUUCCGCGUGUCCAGGCGCACGCAGCGGCCGCGCUUGUUAACUUCUCUGAAAACGCGUCUAAGGACGUGCUCGAGCCAUACCUAGACGACUUGUUGACCAACCUCCUCCAGUUGUUGCUGUCGCCGCACAAAUACGUCCAAGAGCAGGUUCUCACCACCAUCGCCAUCAUUGCCGAUGCCGCUGAGAAGAAGUUUGUCAAGUACUACGACACAUUGAUGCCGUUGUUGUUCAACGUCUUGAAGACCGACACCGACAAAGAGCACUCUCUCUUGAAGGCCAAAUGCAUUGAGUGCUCGACCUUGAUCGCCACCGCCGUUGGGAAAGAGAAGUUUGCGCCCCACUGCGCGGAACUCAUCCAGAUCUUUGCCCACAUCCAGGAACAGACUGUGGACGAGGACGAUGCGGUCAAGCCAUACCUUGAGCAGGGUUGGGGAAGAGUCUGCCGCAUCAUUGGCGCCGACUUCCUUCCGUAUCUUCCAGGUGUCUUGCCGCCAUUGUUUAUCGCCGCAAAAGCAACUCAGGAUAUUUCCCUCUUGGAGGAGGAUGAGGCCGAGGAAUUGGGCCAGAACGAGGCCUGGGACGUGAUCCAGCUCUCUGGUAAGCACAUUGCGGUUCAUACAGCAGUGCUUGAUGACAAGGCGUCCGCGAUGGACCUUCUCAGAACCUAUGCGGAAGUGCUCAAGGGCGACUUCUACCCGUACGUCCAGGAGAUUGCGACUGAGAUCGUGAUGCCGGCGUUCGACUUCUAUCUUCACGACGGUGUGCGCCACUCCGCGGCGAUGUGCAUUCCGGCGUUGCUCCGCUGCGCUAUCGCAGCCACGGGCGCAAAGACGUCUCCAGAGGUUCUCGCUUUGUGGGCGCUUGCGGUCGACAAGUUGUUUGACGCGUUGGCCAAUGAGCCGGUGACUGAGUUGAUCAUCUCGUAUUAUACCGCGAUCGUUGUCUCUGUCGAUACCCUUGGGCCAAACUGCCUCUCAUCCACUCAGCUCGACGCGUUUGUCAAGGCGGUUGAGGUCAACAUGACCGACAUCCACCAGCGCAUUUCCGCGCGCGAUGCUGGUGAUGAUGAGUAUACCGAAAACGUUGACGAUGAGGAGGAGGAGUACACAGAUGAGGAAAUCUUAGACGAGUUGAACCGUGCCAUCGGGUCGGUCUUCAAGGCGUGUAAGGGUGCAUUUGUACCGGGCUUCCAGAAGUUGGUUCCAAUUGUCGCGGCCUACAUUAACGAUUCGAAUGCCGCAAUCAAACUCGCAGGUAUUUGUAUUAUUUCUGACCUCUUAGAGAAUACCGGGACGGAUUCUUACCACUUCAAGGACCUCUUCUUGAACGCAGUGGGCGAGGGCCUCGCGUCGAGUGAUGCUGCGAUCCGCCAAUCGUGUGCGUUCUCUGUGGGGGCCGCGGCGCAGCACGGUGGCGAGCAGUACGCGCAGUUUGUGUUGGCGGCUUUGGAGCCGUUGUUUGCGAUCAUCACGGGGCAAGGUGCGCGUUCUGAUGAGAACGUGAAUGCCACCGACAAUGCGGUCUCCGCCGUCGCCAAGAUCGCACGCACCUACGGCGCGAGUAUUCCUAACUUGGAUGCGGUCUUGGCCCAGUGGGUCAAAGCUUUGCCAGUCUUGCACGAUACCGAGGCGGCCCAGUUUGCUUAUGUCUUCUUGAGUGAGUUGAUCACCAGUGGUCACGCGUGUGUCGCGGAUGUUGCGCAGACAGUUGAUGUGGUGAUCCAAGCGCUAGUCCAUGCGGCUAUUGCCGGGAAGACCGCGGAGGCAGUUGUAGGUGCAACCAAGCAGUUGUUGGGGACUGUUCCACAGGCCGAGGCGAUGGCGAUGUUAGGGAGAUAUCCAGUGGAGGCACAGACGGUGAUUCAGAAAUGGUUUGCGUAGUGAGCUAUAUGAAGCUAAGCUUGCUGAUUGAAGCUAAGUAAUGCAUCGCUAGUUCGUUUAAAGCGACAAUGAGCCCUUUGUAUAUUUGAGAAAGACUAUCUCUUUCCUUGCAUUUUGUUUUCCGUUCUAUUUCCGGUUUUUAUAUUUAUCUAUGUCUAAUUUGUCAGGGAAUGUAGAGAUGGAAGUCAAUUUUUCCUGCCUGCUCAUUUAGUCGCGACCAAGAGGGAUGCGAGCAGCGCCGGGUCUUUUUCUCCUGGCCACUUAACCAAAAUUUUCCCGUUAGCCGAUUGGGGGAAGGGAGGCCAAUUACCAUGAUUAGCAAAUUGAUUUGUUCAGCGAAGUAAAUAUUCCUCGACACGACCUUUGGGCUAUUGUCAAUC